GAGGGGGAAGGAGGGGAGAGAGAGGUUGUGACAGAGGAAAUGAUGGUGUCAUGACUGCUGAACUACCUGUAUAACGGAUUUUCUGGAAGGACACAGACAGUUUGUGCAUGAGAAGAGAGGAGAGCGUUCAACAGAGUUGACUGAGCAGCGUUUAUAAACCAUGUCCAACAGUCCACCUGCCUCCAUCUGUAUGUUUACACCCCAAAAUGCGACCUCCAUCUCUUCGGUCGGCACCCUGUCUCUGAACUCCGACCCCACCGGUCUGGCACUCAGUCAGAUGUCUCAGAUGGACGGUGGCCUGUAUGGCCAGUCGACGGGCCUUCAAGGGUUUCCCAAGACACAAGACACCCGAAGCAUGGAGCAAAUGAUGGGUUUGACCUACCCGCCCUAUUCGACCUGUCUGACCUCCACAAACACAGAGAGAGCAUCGCAACAGAAUCAACAGGAUUUUUCCCAGUUUCUUCUCCCCCCUCCGGUGUCCACCAUCCGGCUGCCCGGUCAGAAGAGAGGCCUGAGUAAAGACAGCAUCGAAUACCGCCUGCGCAGAGAGCGCAACAACAUCGCCGUGCGAAAGAGUCGCGAUAAAGCCCGCCGUCGUGUGCAGCUCACCCAGCAGAGAGUGCUGCAGCUGCAGGACGAGAAUCACAGACUGCAGCUGCACAUACAGCGUCUGUCACAGGAGGUGGACGCACUUAGACACUAUCUAUCACAGCGCCACCUACAGGUGAAAGAGCAGGACAUCACCGGAGAAGACAACUGCUGAAUGCCUUUGGAGACUGGAGGUUUUUUGAUCAUGAUAAAAUGAUGUGAGGCUUCCGUCAAUUUUGUGAUUUUUGUCUAAGUUGAUAUGAUAUGGUACAUUUAAUUUCCCAAUAUGUACAUGGGAAUGAUUUCACUGUUGGCAUAUUUGAGUCAUUUGACAAAUCUCAACUAGUUGCAAAAAUCUAAAAAAGCAGGGAAUCCUUUAUUUUGGAUUUUUUGGUCACAGUGAACAUUGAGUUAUACAUUACAGCAAAUAAGGAAGCCAUUGUAGUUUUGGAGAUAAAAUGUGAGUUUUACAUUAAAUAAAUCUUUAAACCUUGUAAAUAACGUAAGCCUUUUCCUGGUGCUUUUUAAAUACGGGGACAUGCUCAUAAGGGGCUAGUUGUCACACCUUUUAUACGUAUAGCGUACUAUUUAUACUUUUAUAAGUAUUAUAUAUAAUAUACCGUAUAAUAUAGUCAACUUUUUUAUAAUAUUUCCCUGGGUAGGUUUUUUUUUUUUAUGUUUAUACAUUCAAAAAUAAGCUUUUAAACUGCAAUGACAAAAGAUGCCGGAUACUUGAAGAAAAAUAAAUGUCCUAGUUUUAAGCACAAACAUCACCAAAUUUUAUUAGAUUUAUCUGAAAUUAAUAUCUUGUGUCAUUCUGCUUUCUGAAGUCAUUUCUGUCUCGUUUUAAGGAUGUUUGGAUAUUUUUACCAGAAUAUAAGACAGAAUUUGCAGUGUACUUUUUUUUGCUGUUACUGUCCACAAAAAGAUGCAUGUAAUCACACUAUAUGGGGCAAGUUGUCACAAUAAUAAACUUCUGUAUGUUGGCACUGACUGUAGAAAAAAAAAAGCUUUUCUAUAUUUAAAAUAUUAAAUACUAACUAUAGAAUAAAUAAAUAAAAUAAAAUACAUAAAUGUGACAAGAUUCCCUGUAUGGAGGACGAAUCCUGCAAAAACAGUUAAUAAAUAAACAUCAAUAAAUAAAUAAAUCUGCAUAUUCAUGCAUAAAUAAAUAUAUAAAUAAUUAAAUGUUUGAGGAGAUAUACAAAUAAAGAAAUAAAUGCACCAAUCAAUGCAAAAAAUAAUACAAUAUAAAACAUAAAUAAAUGGUUGGGGAAAUGCAAAUUGAAAGUUGAUUCUACAUUUCUAUAUUUCUUGAAUCAUUCUUUUAUUUCUGUAUGCUGUUCUGUAUUUAUUUCUCCUUCACGUAACAUGUUAAUGAGAGGAUGCCAACAGCUGUUCAGACAUCAUAGUCAAACUAUUGAUUCCAGGUGCAACAGUUUUUGGGGGCAGUUUGCAGUUUCAUCAUGGUGAAGAGAAGGUCGAUAGCAGAGUUGCUCCGUGAGGCAGCGAAUAGUUUGGAAAAUUGUAAAGCCGAGAUCCUUUGCUAAUCUUUUAUUAAUUGAUAGUGAAAAUUCAGUAUUUUCCUUAUUAAUUCCAUAGUCAAGCGAAGCACUUUUACAAUGAUCAGCCAGUGGUGUCAUAAAGUCCGCCUGCUGAUGUUUGAUUGACAUCCUCUCAUUAGCAUGUUGCACAAAGGAAAAAUAAAUACUGAAAUAAAUGUAUGAUUAAAGAAAUAUAGAAUUAAAAAUCAACUUUCAAUUUUACAUUUCCAUUAACAUGUUUGCAUUUCCCCAAUCGUUUUAUAUUGUAAUAUUUUGCAUUAAUGGGUGCAUUUAUUUAUUUAUUUAUUUUAUUAAUUAUUUUUAUAUCUCCUCGCACGUUUAAUUAUUUAUAUAUUUAUUUAUGCACAAAUAUAUGGAUUUAUUAACUUAUUUAUAUAUGUAUUUGUGUAUUUAUUUAUUCAUUUAUUAUUUUUCAGGUUUCGUCCUCCAUAGCCCUGGCCUGUCAUUGUAAAACUAAACUAAACUAAACUAAAAUAAAAUAAAAUAAAAUAAAUACAUUUGACAAGCUGCCCUAGCCUGACAUUGUAAAACUAAACUAAAAUAAAAUAAAAUAAAAUAAAAUAAAAUAAAAUAAAAUAAUAAAUACAUUUGACAAGCUGCCCUAGCCUGACAUUGUAAAACUACCAUAAAAUAAAAUAAAAUAAAAUAAAAUAAAAUAAUAAAUACAUUUGACAAGCUGCCCUAGUCUGACAUUGUAAAACUACCAUAAAAUAAAAUAAAAUAAAACUACCAUAAAAUAAAAUAAAAUAAAAUAAAAUAAAUUUGACAAGCUGCCCUGGCCUGACAUUAUAAAACUACCAUAAAAUAAAAUAAAAUAAAAUAUGACCAUUUAAAUAAAAUAAAAUAAAAUAAUAAAUACAUUUGACAAGCUGCCCUAGUCUGACAUUGUAAAACUACCAUAAAAUAAAAUAAAAUAAAAUAAAAUAAAAUAAAAUAAUAAAUACAUUUGACAAGCUGCCCUAGUCUGACAUUGUAAAACUACCAUAAAAUAAAAUAAAAUAAAACUACCAUAAAAUAAAAUAAAAUAAAAUAAAAUAAAUUUGACAAGCUGCCCUGGCCUGACAUUAUAAAACUACCAUAAAAUAAAAUAAAAUAAAAUAUGACCAUUUAAAUAAAAUAAAAUAAAAUAAUAAAUACAUUUGACAAGCUGCCCUAGCCUGACAUUGUAAAACUACCAUAAAAUAAAAUAAAAUAAAAUAAAAUAAAAUAAAAUAAAAUUAUAAAUACAUUUGACAAGCUGCCCUAGUCUGACAUUGUAAAACUACCAUAAAAUAAAAUAAAAUAAAAUAAAAUAAUAAAUACAUUUGACAAGCUGCCCUAGCCUGACAUUAUAAAACUACCAUAAAAUAAAAUAAAAUAAAAUAAAAUAAAAUAAAAUAAAAUAAUAAAUACAUUUGACAAGCUGCCCUAGUCUGACAUUGUAAAACUACCAUAAAAUAAAAUAAAAUAAAACUACCAUAAAAUAAAAUAAAAUAAAAUAAUAAAUACAUUUGACAAGCUGCCCUAGUCUGACAUUGUAAAACUACCAUAAAAUAAAAUAAAAUAAAAUAUGACCAUUUAAAUAAAAUAAAAUAAAAUAAUAAAUACAUUUGACAAGCUGCCCUAGCCUGACAUUGUAAAACUAAACUAAACUAAAAUAAAAUAAAAUAAAAUAAAAUAAAAUAAUAAAUACAUUUGACAAGCUGCCCUAGUCUGACAUUGUAAAACUACCAUAAAAUAAAAUAAAAUAAAAUAAAAUAAAAUAAAAUAAAAUUAUAAAUACAUUUGACAAGCUGCCCUAGCCUGACAUUGUAAAACUAAACUAAAAUAAAAUAAAAUAAAAUAAAAUAAAAUAAAAUAAUAAAUACAUUUGACAAGCUGCCCUAGUCUGACAUUGUAAAACUACCAUAAAAUAAAAUAAAAUAAAAUUAUAAAUACAUUUGACAAGCUGCCCUAGCCUAACAUUGUAAAACUAAACUAAAAUAAAAUAAAAUAGAAUAAAAUAAAAUAAAAUAAAAUAAAAUAAAAUAA